GAAGUUCAGAGUGUUGUUGAUAUGAACAAUCAGAGGUCCUUCCUUACUUUGAAUGCUUUGAAUGAAUUUGAUCCCAAAUAUUCUGGUGUUGAUUGGAGACAGAAAUUGGAGACACAGAGGGGUGCAGUUUUGGCGACAGAGCUGAAGAAUAACGCAAAUAAGUUGGCUAAAUGGACUGCUCAAGCUCUGUUGGCAAGUGCAGAUAUGAUGAAGUUGGGUUAUGUCUCCCGUGUUCAUCCCCGUGAUCAUUUUAAUCACGUGAUUUUGGCUGUAAAUGGUUAUAAACCUAGAGACUUUGCAGCUCAAAUUAAUUUGAACACAUCAAAUAUGUGGGGAAUUGUCAAGUCUAUUGUUGACUUGUGCAUGAAAUUGAACGAGGGGAAGUAUGUUUUAGUGAAGGAUCCAUCUAAGCCUCAAGUUAGGAUCUAUGAGGUUCCAGCUGAUGCAUUUGAGAAUGACUAUGUGGAGGAGCCGCUGCCUGAGGAGGAACAAGUUCAACCUCCAACAGAGGGUGGUGAUGGUGGGGAGGCAACUGCUACAACUAAUGAUGUGGAAAACAAGCAGAUUGAUGAUCAAGCUUAGAUGAUGAUUAUGUGACAUUCCUAUUUAUCUAGAACUACAGAUGCAGGUAGUUGCAGGUCAACCAUUUUCAUGUGAUUCUGCUGGACAUUUACUUGGAAGCAGACUUGCAGUCAAAACUGGUUAGGCCAUUUCCCCUUUUUUGUUGUACGGAAGGUUCGGACUAAAAAUUUUGAAAAAGCUGUGGCUUUUUUCGUUAUUAUCUUUUUCUCACUUUUUUUAUUAUUUAAAUUUUAGGAAUGUUACCGCUAUUUAUAGUCUAGUAUAUGUUUGGAUAUGGCUUUUGAUAUUCAAAACGUCCUUUUGGCAAUAUACUGUGAGCGUGUUUGCUGUACUCAAAAUGUCUAUUUAUAGUCUAGUAUAUGUUUGGAUAUGGCUUUUGAUAUUCAAAACGUCCUUUUGGCAAUAUACUGUGAGCGUGUUUGCUGUACUAAA